UGUAGCAGCAGAACGACCAGCCUUUCUUGACGCACAGCUCACAGCUUGAUACACUGCCCACACUUACUCUUCGAUCACAAAUCCUGCUCCAAACUGAAGGAUCGGAAACGAGAGAAGUGACGAAAUAUGAGAUGUCUCAUCGAGCGGAGAAAACAGAUAUUUCGGGGUGCCGCCAUCUUAGCUGCAUGUUUAGCACUGGUACUUAUAGCCAAAGGUCGUGUGCGACAGGGAGCUCGAGAACCACAAGAGACUUCCCUGAGAGACGAGAUUCCCAUGGUUUCGCUGCGGGAUGAAUUCAAGGCCAAAAUAGAAGAUCUACAAACUGCGGGAUUAUGGAAGCCAAACCGAUCUCUGAAGCCAUGCAGAAACACCCGAGGCUCAGAUGCAUGUUACGACACUGCGUGCCACCAGAGGCCAUCUGAGGGACUUGAGGAAAGAUUACAGAAUGUCAGGCGGUCUGCAGUAACUGUGGAUACAGCUGUCAGGAAUGACAUCAUGAAGAUUCUGAAUGUCCAGCCUUCUGGCAAGCGAGUCCUCAUAAUAACAGGUGCGUCGUCUGACCACUUCCUGGAGUCACAGGGUUUGAUUCAGAGCCUUCACCAGAACGUCUUUCCUGAACUGAACAACUACACUUUUGUGUACUACGAUCUUGGGCUUAAAGCAAAGCAGAUCCAACAGUUGAAAAAGCAUUGCCAGUGCGAGGUACGACGGUUUCCUGUAGAGAAGAUGCCACCCAUGCACCAAAAGCUCAGAUGUUACACGUGGAAAGCAUUCAUCAUCGAGGCAAACAUCCGAUUGGCGGACAUUUUGAUUUGGGCCGAUGCAUCUGUACGAUUUCAUAAGUCGACAAUUGGACCACUUCUCAAAGAAGCCAACGCAAAGGGCAUCAUGAUGGAAGCGGGAUUAUACCCCUUCUCAGUCUCCGACCAUGUGCAGAAAAUAAUGUUUGAUUAUUUCGCUGAACAGACCUGCUAUUUCGCACAAGUGGGCGAGAUGCAAGCAACGUUUCUAGUUUUUAAAAACGAACGUUUCAUUAGAGAGGCCAUACUGAAGCCUUGGCUAGCCUGUGCCUUGGAUUCCAGAUGCAUGUGUCCUUCAGACCCAGAGAAACUUCUAAUGUGUAACAUAAACGUUAGAAAAUACAACAAAUGUCACAGGUUUGACCAAGCAGCUCUGAAUAUAAUUCUAGCCAAGUUGUUCUGGGGCUAUGAGCAAUCAUUUACUCCAUCUAGAAAAUAUAUUGAUGUAAACAGAGAUGGUAAAGUUCACUAUUUUGAUCACUUGUAA